AUGUCGCCUGAGGCGCAUGCGGAGUCUGCGCACGGCUUCUCCUUGCAAGAGCUCCGGAGAGCUGUGGGCUGUGAGGCGCCUGCCAUGCCAAACGCACGGAACGCCGAGCUUGUGCCGCUUGUGCCCACGAACGCAGGUGAGCGGCAACUUGCCAUGCGGAGGUCUUUGUGCAAGUUGCGCAACUCUGAGAAGUUGUACAAGUUAUCCAACGCCGAGUACUUGCUACUGGCUCAAGUGCAGCAACGAGCGAAGCGUGAGCUGGAUUGGUGGCACAGAGUCACUUUGGUCAGGCCCAUCCGCGAGGAGAAUGAGAGAGCAUUUGAGGAGCUGACCGUGAGUCCGAAUGAGCGCUUUCAGAGGCUUAUGGCGAAGGAUUCGAAUCGCUAUGAGACGCUUGUUUUGGCCGUGGAGGUUUGCUACCUCAUCAUGUACUUCGGCUUGGUGAUGCUGCAAGAAUUCGCGGCCGAUGACAAAGCGCCUGAGUUCUACCAGGUCUGCGUGGCUGGCCUCGCACAAAAGGGGCAGCUGCCGCCGCCAGGGCCGGGCCCAUAUGAACCGUCCAUCACCCCACAGAGGCUGCAGGAGAGCAUAGAGGUCAUGGAGCGCUGCGAUGCCGAGCUGCUGGCGCAUCACUCCUUGGACUUCGCAGAGGACUUUGUGGGCAACCGCUUCAUCCCACUGCUGGUGGUGAUCCUGCGGGCGUGGCGACUCUUCGGGUGCCACGACCGAUGCGAUGCCUCCAAGGUCUGGUCGCUGGGCCGACGGCCGAUGGUGAGAUGGAUGCUAGACACGGCCUUCCACACGUGCGUGAUGUCCUGGUACGGCUUGAUGGCAGGACUCUACUCCACUUUGAGCCUUCUACCUUUUGAUGACGACAAGUUUGAGUCCACUUUGUACCUUGGCCCGACGGUGUACGUGUUCCUCCUCACGGCGCUCUGCCUCACUGUCCUGGACAAGCUGCAGACGCUGAUUACAUGUACCAUCUCCUUUGGCGUCUUUGUUGUACCUCCGCUGGUGGCACUAGUGCAGCUGCUGGAUCAGAAAGGCAGACAGGUGAGCUUGAUGCUUCACCUCAUGAAUCAGUUCACGCUGAUCAUCGCAGUGGCGGCGGUGUGUGUUGCAAGGUGGAGCUCCUGGCAUGACAAGCAGACGGAUUUCCGGAGGGAAGAGCAAUUGAAGACGGGCAUCGUCAAUGAGAAGGUGAAGCGCUGCCAAGCUGAGUUUGCCGCACAGCGCCUGACGCAGGAAAAGGCCCCGGAUUGUGAGACCUCGUACUUAGAGCCCUCCGAGCAUCAUGGAUUCGAUCAAUCCGUGCCCUGGGCUUCCUUGCCGCAUCUGUCCGCCCAUCCUCCAAGCGCCGCCAGCGUCAGCGCUGCCAGCGCGCCAGCGAACAUGGACAGGUUAGCACACCUUCAGGGCACCUCUCGCUGUGACUGCCUGCCAAUGGGAGCGAAGGUCUACACAGAUUCCCACUCACAGGGAAUGCCUGCAUCAGAGCUCCAAGCCGGAGACAAAGUCCUUUGCUACGACCACCUGGCGGGCAGCAUUCGGUAUGUGGAGAUCUCUGACUGCGGGGUGGUCUCUGGCGAGUGCGACUGGUCGCGCAUCACAAUGGCAGAUGGCACCGCUGUGAGCGUCACCGCCGAGCAUCCCGUGCGGGUCGUCGGGCAGCUUGGGGAGGCCGAGUCGCAAGGCGUUUGGGGGCUUGGCGGCGGGCAAGUGAUGCCUGCAGGGCAGCUGAGGCCAGGCAAAGACAUGCUGAAAAUCCUCCGGCUCGGCGCAGUGCCGGUUCAGACGAUGCACAUUGAGUCGGACGUCCAGCCACGCGUGCGCGUAAACCUGCGCCAGCGCUACUCGCUGUUCUGCUCCCAGGGAGCAGGCGCCGACAUGACGGCGGUGGCGGUGGAGUCCUCUGACGCUCUCGCCGGACGCCAGAUGACGGAUUUGCAGGUGCAGAACACAUUUAUUGGCGGCUGCAUCAAGGAGGACACGGUGCCGCGGAAGCCGCUCUCCGCGCCAGGUGCGGUCGUGCACCCGGUGAUCGUGGGACGCGAAGCCUACGAACCAAAGCUGGAGGAUAUCGAGACUGAUCUGGGGGACUCCGGGGUUGACACGACGCGGGCCUCAAGCGCCAGCGAAGACCCUGACCAGCUGCACGCCAAGGGCUGCUGCCAGCCCUGCCUCUUUCAGAGCAGGUACUAUGCAGAUCCCGAGAAGUACCCAGCCUGUACAAAGCCAGACUGCCUCGCGCGCUUGUGCCAUCUUCAGCACAGUGAGGAGUACAUUUCAAAGUACAAAGCGCAGAAGCGCAGCUACGAGAAGAAAAACCGCUUGAACUUCCGCAAAGAGGCCCGCACGCUCCAGUCCCUCUAGGGGCCUAGGUGCCUGCGCGUGCUCCGGCUGCUGAAGCUGAGUUCUUUGGCUUCCGGGGCGCGCUCUGCCCGUGCGGCAUCUUGCGGCAGUGCCCGCAUAGUCUGUAUAGAUUCCGUCCGAUUCCAUUCCGAAUUCCCGCAGCCGGCCAAAGGCCACCAUGCGAGAC